AUGGCUCCUGAAGUAUUCAGGCAUAGAAGAUACGACAAGAAAGUCGAUGUCUUCUUCUCCUUUGCAAUGAUUCUUUACGUGAUGCUUGAAGGAGAGCCACCAUUUGCGAACCACGAGCCAUAUGAAGCAGCCAAACAUGUAUCAGAUGGACACAGACCUACUUUCCGUUCCAAAGGAUGCACACCGGAUUUAAGAGAGUUAAUCGUGAAAUGCUGGGAUACGGACAUGAACCAGUGA